AUGCAGAGCAUUGCUGAAACCGUGCUGUCUGAUGCAUCUCCUUCGGUUGCACUUGAUUCACCAGAAAGGCAACAAACACUUGGCUUGGGUGAAGAAGUGCCGACAGCAACUCAUCAGCAUUUGUGGAAUGCUACCGGUAUAGGAAUCGAUGUUGACCAACGAGGAUUCGCCCAGCAAUCUGGGGGGCGACGGAGCUUCCAGGUCCAGGGUGGCAGUGUGGCGAAUGCCCUGCCAGAUGGGAACGCACUAGAGGAGGUUGAGCAGGACAGUCACUCUGGCUUUGACCAAGCUGUCUUGCAGUUCCCGAGCUCGGAGCAAUCUGACGUUGCCGAGUCAGCUCACGAUCUCGCCGUCGCUUCUCAAGAUCUUUUACUGAAUAAGGAUUCAUCUCCGUUGCCUGAGGUUCAGAGUGACACGACAGAUGGUGGCUCAGUUGAAGGACUUCGAAGUAGCGGCCAGCCCGUCGCAAUGUUGUCGGCCGAAAUCGGGUUCUCACCCCGAGACGCCUCCGUAAGGACGACGGUGGUUGCGUAUGGAACUGAGGAUCCAAAGUCUGGUGCCAUCUCGGAGGAGACAGCCGCUCCUCUUCUUGAUAUAACCAUAUCUGCAGAGGACGGCACAGAGGGCGAGGAUGACAGAGCAGCGAGGGUGGACUUCGCCACAGAGCUGUCCGGUGGUUUAAAGAGUAUCGCCCCUGAAUCAGUUGGAAGGUGGCUGUUGUCUUUACGUGGACCUGGCAGCGAAUUGCCGCGAAGAGCUUCUGUAGGCACCAAGGAUUUAGAAGCAUACCCAAAAGGAGAUAAAAACACCGGGUCUGCCCCCGGACCGGCUCUCAGCUUGAAGCUGGGAAUUGAACAUGCCAGGCUCCCUGCACAUGGAACGGGAGCAAGCAGGAAAGCCCCUAACAACAUACGGGACCAAGGUGACAAGCUUCCGCGUCGGCUUCAGUUCGCAAACAAAAAAACGCUUGUGGAUCAAGCCACUCCGGCACGGUUCGAAUUCGUGGACAACGACCACGGCAUGCAGUUCGUCAACUGGCGUACGUUCAAUGGAGAGCGCGUAAUGGAGCGAUUCUGGCAGAACAGCGUUAAUGAAUCAGAAGUGCGAGAUCAACAGCGCUUUGAGCAGGAAAUUCAAAGCAAAUUCGCACAAGAAUUCGAGUUCGAGAGAAGAAAACAGCUACUGUGGCAAGCGAUGGGCAGAGAGCCACCUCACGGCGAGACGAGCGAAGAGGAACUUGCAGCACAGUACUACGCUGCAAUGCAAGCCGCUCUUCACGGACCGAAGGAAGAUAUCAUUACAGGACAGGCGUUUGGGAGGUAUAUCCCGAGCACAGCGCAAAGUCCGAUAACGGACGUUCGAAACAAAGUAAUUUAUGGCCCAUGGGCUCUCAACUGGAACCGAGCCAUAACGAGCAGAACAACUCGAGUGUCUCUGGGCGGCCGCCGUGGCGCAGUGAGUAUCGGAAGCAGUGCUUCGAGUUACGUCACGACUGCCAACGUGAACUGGAACAGGACUGCAGUGACGUUCGCAGCUAGGCCAAACGACGCGGCUGUCAAGUUGGGGAUCCUUCGGGGACGCUAUGGCGUUGACGUGGCGAGAUCUAAUCGUCUCAGAACGUCAGCAGUUGAGACAGUCAUGCGCUAUGUGGAGACUGCAACGGUGAUAGACCAGAUAAACCGAACCUAUGGACAGCGCGUUCGAGUUCGUCGCUUCAGUUUCAACUACACUCGCGACUUCACCAUCCCACGUUUCGACUCUCCAGGGAGGACCCCUGGUCUCCGACAGGAACUUGCAGUGAAUUGGGGGUCCUUAGGAAUCAGCGUCGGGACAGACGUUCCCGAUAAUGAGUACGCCAUUUCUGUGGGUCUUCGUGGUUAUCAGUUUUCCGUCCUUAGAGACUUUUUCCAGCGUCUGACGCAGAUCCAAGGGAACUGGGGCCGUGGUUGGCAACUGGAAAUUGCAACGAAAUUCGAGGACCCUAUCAACGAUUUACUAUACUACCAGGUUGGCUUCGGACGCCUGGGCCGGCUCUACGCCACAGCAGGAGCGGGAUUUUCAUCAGACAGCACUCCAAUGGCCCUUGUUCAGGUCCAAGGAAAUGACGCAAGUGUGGCAUUUAAAGCUGUCCAAGAGGCCGGCGUCCGAGUUUUCAAUAUUGGUUUCACCGUUGGACGCUUUACCUACAGCUGGGAUUCUGUUGUCGAGUACGAUCGCGUUGCCCUGCCUCUCUCCCCGAUCAGUGCAGUCCUGAAAACACUUCUGAAUAUCACCCCCUAG